AUGUACUCAAAUGGAAAAUCUAGGCUGUGUAAUGGACAUAACAUAAUGAAUCAACACCUGUAUAGAGUCAGUAAUAUUAGUGAAUCUAUUGACAGUGCUACCAAACGUAUGGAACGAAAGGAGUUAACACUAAGUUUUCAUAAUCUUAUUAAGCGAGAUGAACAAUUAUACAGCUAUACAAACUACGGCAUGGAAACCCCAACACCUACAUCUGGUGGUGAUUGUUUGCAUGGAGUAUUUCAAAAUCUGGAGUCAUUGACACCAUGCAUGGACUCAGAUUUUGAUGAAAGCCUGGCAGUACCUGAAUCAUUAUCUAUUAUUGAAGUAGAUAAAAAGGAUGAAAGAGAUAGUUCCGCACCUGUGGCUACAUCAGCUCCCUACAGCAAGGUACAUGCCCCACCUAUAGAAUUCAAGUCUGUGCACAGAAAAGUAUUCAUUCCCGGUGUGGAAAUAAAAGUGAGAUUUGUGGAGAAUGAGCGGAGUGUUACAACAAAUUUACUGAAUCCUAAUCUAUACACUAUAAAUCUAGAGCACGGUGACUUCAAGUGGACAAUAAAGAAGCGAUAUAAGCAUAUUCUGUACCUUCACCAACAACUAACAUUAUACAGAGCAUCACUCAAGAUUCCAUUCCCAACAAAAGCUCACAAGACGAGGCGCGCCAGUUUCAAAAACACCGUAGAGUUAGAGGAAGAAAGGGAAAAAGUGGCCUUAGAAGCUGCUACAAGGAAUAACUCUAAGAAAAGAGAUGGAAGACCUAGAGAUGGUCGACCGCGGAAAAGAAAAGGUGCUUUGCCGAGGUUCCCGCGUAAACCAGAGGUGAUGAUCACGUACGAGGGCAUACAGCUGAGGAUGAAACAACUGGAGGAGUACUUAUACAACUUGCUCAAUAUAUCCAUAUACAGAAACCACCACGAAACUGUGGAAUUUCUAGAAGUGUCACACCUGUCAUUCAUAGCUGAGCUGGGCGUCAAAGGCAAGGAGGGCAUGAUUGUGAAACGUACCGGGUCCACGAGGCCAGGACAAGCAGGUUGCAACUGCUUUGGAUUGCUCGGAACCAUGGUGUGUGUUCGAUGCAACUACUUCUGCACUGGCCUAGUGUGUGCCAAAUGGCAGGAGCGUUGGUUGUUUGUGAAGGACACAUUCUUCGGCUACAUCCGACCCAGCGAUGGCCGCAUCAAGGGAAUCAUGCUCUUUGAUCAAGGAUUUGAGGUAUCAACCGGGAUGUACUCGACGGGCCUUAGCAAUGGACUGCAGAUACUCAACCAGAGCCGGCAACUGGUCAUCAAGUGCUGGACCAAGCGGAAGAGCAAAGAGUGGAUGCACUACUUAAAAACCAUUGCCAACCAGUCAGCGCGUGACUUCACGUACCCCAACGUGCACCAUUCGUUCGCGCCCGUGCGGCCGGCCACGCCCUCCGCGAGCUUCGUGGAUGGCUCGGCGUACAUGGCCGCCGUCGCCGACGCCAUGGAGCUGGCGCGGGAAGAGAUCUUCAUCGCCGACUGGUGGCUGAGUCCCGAGAUCUACUUGAAGCGGCCCGCGCUCAACGGCGACUACUGGCGGCUCGAUACUCUGCUCAAAAGGAAGGCUGCUCAAGGUGUAAAAGUGUUCAUCUUGUUGUACAAAGAGGUAGAGCUAGCGCUGGGUAUCAACAGUUUCUAUAGCAAGAGUAGGCUGGUCGGUGAGAAUAUCAAGGUAUUCCGUCACCCGGACCACGCAAGAAUCGGCGUCUUUUUCUGGGCGCACCACGAGAAGAUAGUCUGUGUCGACCAGACCGUCGCGUUCCUGGGCGGCAUCGAUCUGUGCUACGGACGUUGGGAUGAUCAUAAACAUAGGCUAACAGACCUGGGUAAUAUAUCGCAGCCGGUGACCACGUGGAAGAGCAAAAAGAAGACAUCCAGUUCCCCGGGAGGCCGCUACGGUGUCGCAGACAAUGGACUCGAAGCCGCCAUUGAGCUCGCCAAAGCUUCCAAAGAUAUUGUCAUUGGAAAUGAUGAGGUGCAAGAAGUUGAAGGAGAAACCUCUUCAGAGACAAAUACAGAAGAAACUGAGAACAUUCCCAAACCUGACCUUCCGCAGCUAGAACCCGGCGACCGCUUACUCAUCGCUCACGAUAAACACGAUGAGAGACGCAACGUGCUGGACAAACUGACGGACAGAGGGAAGGAGAUCAUUGGUAUUAUCUACCCGCCGUACGAGGAAGAGAGGAUAGAGCAGAAGUUCGAUGACUCGGAGCGGAAGAAAGCGGAGAAGUACGCCAGGUCUAAUGAGGAGCUGCUGUUGACGGAUGCUCUGGGGAUCUCCGUGAAGAGAACUGAACCCACUCCAUUGGCUACUGUUGUUGAGGGAAGAGUUAUAACGGAAACUACUCAGAAGGUUUUGGAGGGGUUGGAAGGAAACUCUAAGCUGUGGAUCGGAAAAGAUUACGUAAAUUUUAUCGUGAAAGAUUUCCAUAACUUAGAUCUGCCUUUUGUUGACCUAGUGGACAGAAACACAACACCCAGAAUGCCGUGGCACGACAUCGGUGUGAUGGUACACUGCUCGGCCGCCAGAGACGUAGCCCGCCAUUUCAUACAGCGAUGGAACGCUAUCAAAUUGGCAAAGGCUCGGCAGAACGUGAACUACCCGUACUUGGUGCCCAAGUCAUACACGGACAUCAAACCAAUGCAAGAUCUACUGGACCUGCUCAAAGUGGAGCUGCACACUGUCUCCUGUCAGGUAUUGCGCAGCGUCUCGAGCUGGUCGUGCGGCUUCCUGGAUCCGGAGACAGUGGAACAAAGCAUCCACGAGGCGUACGUGGACACCAUCACGCGGGCACAGCACUAUAUCUACAUCGAGAACCAGUUCUUCAUCACGCUCUCCAGGACUAAUCCCACUGUGAGGAAUCAGAUAGGCGAGGUGUUGUUCAACCGCAUCAUGCGCGCUUUCAACGCCAAGGAAACGUUCCGCGUGUAUGUGGUGAUGCCCCUGCUACCAGGCUUCGAGGGGGAGGUGGGGGGCGCUACGGGCACGGCACUACACGCCGUCACGCACUGGAACUAUCAGAGUAUAUGCAGGAGUCGCGAGUCAAUACUCGCGCGCCUGUACGAGGCGGGUCUGCCCGAGCCCGGCCAGUACAUCUCGUUCCACGGCCUGCGCACGCACGCCGUGCUGGACGGCGAGCCGCUCACCGAGCUGGUGUACGUGCACUCCAAGCUGCUGCUGGCUGACGACCGCUACCUGGUGUGCGGCAGUGCCAACAUCAACGACCGCUCCAUGCUGGGCAUCCGCGACUCCGAGAUAGCCGUGCUGCUCCAGGACGAGUCGUUCGACGACGGCGUCAUGAACGGGCAGCCGUUCCCGUGCGGACGAGCCACCCGCGCGCUGCGCCGCACUCUGUUCCGUGAGCACCUCGGACUGAGCGAGGCGCAGCUGGCGGAGUGCGACGACCCCUGCGCCGAGAGCUUCUACAUCCACCGGUGGAAGGCCACGUCAAAACGUAACACAGAAAUCUAUGAAGAGGUAUUCCACACAAUACCCACGGACUCCGUACAUACGUUUGCCGAGCUAAAGAAAUAUCAGGAGGAGAACUCAGACUCGUUAUGGCGUAAGGAUCCAGCACUCGCGAACAGGAAAAUAGACCUCAUACAAGGCUAUCUCGUAGAUUUCCCAUUGGAAUUCCUUUGUAACGAAACACUUACACCAAAAAAUACAUCCAUGGAAGGUAUGAUGCCCACUUCACUGUGGACUUGACAUAAGAUUUUAUAUAUUGUUAGUUAAGUUUAAAUUUGUUGACGGAUCUUACGUGUAGUUUUAACCAUAUUUUAAUAAUUAAUAAUAGAAUCAAUUUUUUAUGUUAAGUUAGGAACCAAUUCCCACGAACAGUUCUACGUUAAUAUUUUGCGAUAUUUGACGCUAAGAAUGUUGUAACUCAAAAAAUCUUAAGAUUCUGUGGAUUGAUUUAUUUAAAUUAAUACAAAACGUUACCUGAAACAAACCUUCAUAUUAAAAGCAAUUUGAUUCUUGACAUCCUGUUCUGUCCCUACUAGUCUCUCAUACAUUUUUCCGUUUCUUUGGCAUGCAGAGAAUGCAUGAAAGUAGACGACGUAAUUAUAAAUAGGGAAUGGUAAUGGAACUGUUUGGAAAAGUCAAGGUCAGAUAUAACAUGAUGAGCUUUUUACCAGAGGUUCCUUUGCACCUAUUCAAUGCAAAUAAAGUUUAUCUUAUCUUACCUUAUCUAAGAUACCACCUAGAUUAUGGGUACCACAACGGCGCGUUUUCUGCCGUGAAGCUGUAAUGUGUAAACAUUAUUGUGUUUCGGUCUGAAAGGCGCCGCAGCUAGUGAAAUUACUGCGCAAAUGAGACUUAACAUCUUAUGUCUCAAGGUGAUGAGCGCAAUUAUAGUGCCGCUCACACUUUUUGGGUUUUUCAAGAAUCCUGAAUUGCACUGUAUUGUAAUUGUAUUAUUGGGCAUGGCGUAUCAAUUACCAUCAGCUGAACGUCCUACUCGUCCCUUAUUGUCAUAAAAAGCUCAGAGACUGAUAAGGGGCUAGGCCACAAGUACCAAUCGAAUCUUUAUUCAUUUUAACUUUUUUCAACCAUAAUGGUCACACUAUUGAACUUCCUUUAGUGGGGUAUCUUAGAAAAACGUGUAUACCUUUCUAAAAGGCCCGCAAUGCUCCUGGGAUUCCUCUGGUGUUGCAAGAGAAUGUGGACGGCGGUGAUCAAUUAUCAGCUCGUUUGGCCUCAUCUUCCAUAAAAAAAAAGUUGCCGGUGUAUAUUUACUUGGGCUUUAUGCAUCCAGUUCGCCCCUGCAGCUUGUUUUUUGUUUCCCAUGCAUUUCCGAUCU